GCAGCAGCAGCAGCAGCAGCAGCAACAGCAGCAGCAACACCAUGCUCGCCAGCGAUCACAGACCGUACCUAUGCCAGGAGGGGAGACGGACCUAUCCUUGCUGUCAAACAAGCGAGGAAGUGGCGGCCCUCUGAGUCCGCCUUUGUUGAGUCUGACGGAGGCAAGCGCCCCCAGGGAGAGUGGGUUUGGGAAUCAAAGCUAUCAAAAUAGUAGCCGUCUGGGAAGCUACAGCUCGGCGGCAACCACUGCGGCAAACAUAGUCUUUCCCCGUUCCGGACAGUCGUCGCCGAGCCUCCCAUCCCACAGUCACACUAUGCCCCCUCCACCUCCACCUUCCAACCCAAUCAUGGCAGAGAAGCCAGCCAAGGCAGAGAAGUCAAAGGUGAAGCUCUUCUCCAGGCCGGGCAAAAUCGGCACCAAGGGCGACUCAAAAGAGAAGCCAUUGCCCAGCCCGAGCAAGAUAGGGCAGGCUCUGUCAAGUCUACAGCGGAGCAACUUCAGCACCACAAGUCUUGACUCUACAUCACAACAGUCCUUCUACAGCCAGACAAACUCUUCCACUGCCACAAUCCGUGCUCUCGAGUCACCUGUGGUACAGGUAGAGAAAGAGGGGAAGGAGAAAAAGCACCAUCAUUUCCUAUCGCGGCAGAAGCAUAAACUUAAGGACAAGGACGACUUUCACCUUCCAUUGUCUUCCGCUUCAAGCAACUCGAGGCCCACAGAUCCAAGCGCGCCAAGCAGCCUCUACAACUUCAACCUCCCUACAAGUCCGGCGCCCACCACCACCAGCUUCAAGAGUAUGUCGGGCCUCGAUCUCCGACACGGCGCGCGGGCCCUGCGCGAAAAGAAGAAGGACGACAAGCCAAUGUUUGAUGAUGCCGCUUCAAUCUACAACGUGGGCAGCGAGUGGCCCGGACCGAGCAGCGUUAACUCCGCCUCGGGCGUGUCUGGCUCGUCGCUCUACCUCCACGAACCUUUCGACAGCGGGAAGUACGGGCUCAACGGCAUGGCAGCUGACGAUGCGUGGCCAUAUUUGAAGGCGAAGCUGCUCGUCAUAUUCGAGGGUGAAGACGUCCUUCUGCCAAUAGAGGACUUGAACCGCAUCGUCUCGCUCCAUAUCCAGUACUGCAUCGCACGUCGGAGCCCGAAUAUUAUCGUGGACGAUCUCAGGGACCUACUCGCCACGGGGUUCGCGAGCCUUGAUCAAACCCUGCGUAAGACGCCGGAGGACAGGCUCGUCCCCGCGCUGGUGGAGCUGUGGAUCAUCACAUUCACGAACAUCCUGCCGUAUCUGCAAUCCGUCUUCCUGCCUCUAGACUUGGAGUUCUGCGGAAACGGCUCCCUGCUCACCCGUGAGCAAUCCCGCGAUUUCUGGGGCGGCGUAGUGCCUCACACCACGCCGACCGAGGCCGCGUCCAACCAGGGCACCGGCCACGGGGCCGGCAUCAAUGUGGAGCCCGCGUCCUCGGUUCUGGAAGUCCGUUCCAUCGCCCUGAUAUCAUUCCGGGACAUCGUCAUCCUCCCCCGGUACGAGACGCUCAAGGGCAUGUUCUCGCGCCUGUCGCUCGAGUUCCUCCCGCAGUCCCUCGCCUCCAUGGCGCUGGCCUCGCCGAUGCCGGCCCAGUCGCCCGGGUUCCAGAUGCCGGGCCAAUACCCGCUGUCGACCUCGCCGUCAGCCGACUCGACCGCGUCCUUCGGCCUCGGCGGCGGCGCAUACGGUCCCCCCCGGCCGGGCACGGCCAUGUCGCUCGACCCGUCGGUGGCCAGCUACAACUCGACGAGCACGACCCUCCUCGGCGACGGCUCGGCCGCCGGGAGCAGCAGCCGCAGCCGGGCGAUCAGCAACGUCAGCUUUGGCAGCGACAACACGGGCGGCGGCGGGGGCGGCGUAGGCGUCCGGCCCUUCACGCCGAGCAGCGGCCUGAACGUGCCGAGCAGCGGCACCGUCGCGGCCGGGGCCGCUGGCAACCUGCGCGACCAGAACGUCGAGGACAGCAAGCAGGUCACCGACAUGGUGGGUCGCAUGCUGCAGUGCAUGAGCGUGCUGUCGAACGUGGGCAUCGCCGACGGGGGUAGCGACGAGGGGAGCAGGGUCGAUGAGCUGAAUAAGCUGCUCAAGCUGAACUGGCUGGGUAGGGGGAGGACGGGGCGCAACAGGAGGGGGAUCGUGGGCGGGAGGGUGAGGAGGGCGACGGGGGGGACUGCUUAGUUGGGUCUGGGAUUUUCUUAUCAAGCGAUGGUGCAACCGUUUUGCGGGACUGGGGGGGGUGGGGUGAAGAGGGAUGCAUGUACUUGUAUGAUUACAACGGGACACAGGUGUUACAUAGCUGGAAGUGGAAUCCGGCAGGCCAGGGAAAGGGGGAAAGCUGAUCGAUGCGAGUUGUCAUGGAGUUUGGUGUCACGUUUCCUGCAUGGUUGCAGGGAACUGUGUAGGUAAUUACGGAAAGAGUGCACAAGGUAGCCAACAUGGCGAUUAUGAAAUAAUAUUUUGAACCUUCA